UGCUUUAUUCAAAUUAUCAGGUACAAAUAAUCUCUACCCUGGCGAUCUUAUCCCCUUCACUCGGAAACCUCUUUUUUUGAUUAUUGACAGUGAUAACAGCCAUGCAUUCAAGGCAGGUUUUACAUGGCGCUGAAAGGGGUGAAACGGCUGCUUUAUUCCUUUCACCCUUAAGACCAAUUUUCAAGAAUCCAUCUGAUGUAAAUUCCAAUAAUGGAAGCCAAUUUACCUUUUUUUUGACUUGUCCUUUGUCAGCAUUCUGCCAAAUGAUUGGUGUCUUCCCUAAUGAGGCUGAUACAGAUGUGUACAAUGAAGCAGAGAACAUAAUAGAUAAUGCUUUCACUGAGUGGGAAAUAAGUCUUUGCUCAUCAACUACCAUGAAUUUAGUAUGGGCGCAGGUUAUAAGUGAUCCAUUUUUGAGGCGACUUAUUCUAAGAUUCAUAUUCUGCCGAUCCGUGAUCUCUUUUUUCUGCCCGCCUGAGGAAAGUGAACAGUAUCUGCCAAUUUGUUUACCCCAUCUACCCACUUCUGUUGCACCAUCGUCUGAAGCCGUGCGUUCAGCUGUCGUGCAACUUGCCGUGCACUUUGACGUUGCUGACUCCUUUCACUUUACUGAAACAUAAGAUUGGAUCUUAAAAAGUAACGACUAAACUGUUAGGGUUGCAUGCAGGCAUUGGAAGCUAAGGAUCCUCAGAUCAAAAGCAUAAUGAGUUGACCUUUCGGGCGACAGGGCAGAGAGUAUUUAUGUGGGGUCCUGGGCUGUCUGGUAAAAAAAGUUGUUGGUAAUGGUUGCCUCUGCUUGUUGUGUUGCGUACUUCGACCCCACCUGCUUCAUUGAUCUCUCUCUCUCUCUCUCUCUCUCUCUCUAUAUAUAUAUAUAUAUAUAUAUAUAUAUAUAUACUGUAUUUGGUGGUUUGCUCUUUACUCUGUCAAGGUUAGGUCAUCAUGGAUGCCUGGUGAUUUUUCAUUUGUUUGGCCGUGGCAAGAUAAUUUUGUAUUUUUAGUGUGGCAAGAUAGUUGUUAGUUUAAAGUUAGUUGUAUUUGUUCAUACUUCAUAGCUUUGAAAAGGAAAAGAAGAAAACAGAAACUCAUUGUUAAUUUUAUCUUUUUUAGCAGAAUUGGACGGUAUUUAAACAUCA